GGGCAGCGUCUCCCCGGCGCACUCAGCACACCUCGCCGCCAUCCAUGCUCUGACAGGCUGGAGCGAGCUUGGCUGUUUUUUUUGUUGUUGUUGUUUGUUUUGGCCACGUUCUGGUCAGCAGACAGGCUAGAACAUGGCGCCGUCGGGCUCGCGUAACAUCAAGAGGGACUGCCGGAGAGUUUUGUACUGGAUCCCGGUGCUGUUCAUCUGGCUCAUCGUGGCGUGGUCUUACUACGCCUAUGUCGUGCAGCUCUGCAUAGAAACAAUUGAAAACCUGGGAGAGAAAAUAGUUUACCUCCUGGCGUAUCAUAUGUUCUUCAUCAUGUUUGUAUGGGCAUACUGGCAAACCAUCUUCACCAAACCUAUGAAUCCACUUAAAGAGUUCCACCUGUCACACUCGGACAAAGAACUGUUGGAGCGAGAGGAUCGUGGGGAAUCUCAGCAGGAAAUUUUGCGAAGAAUAGCCAAGGAUUUACCCAUUUACACUCGCACAACGUCUGGAGCUAUUCGCUAUUGUGAGCGGUGUCACCUUGUGAAACCUGACAGAUGUCAUCACUGUUCAGUCUGUGAUAAGUGCAUCUUGAAGAUGGAUCACCACUGUCCAUGGGUAAACAACUGCGUGGGCUUCUCGAACUACAAGUUUUUUACACUUUUUCUUGCAUAUUCACUGCUAUAUUGCCUCUUCAUCACUGCGACAGACUUGCAGUACUUCAUUAAAUUUUGGACUAACGGGCUGCCUGACACUCAAGCCAAGUUCCACAUCAUGUUCCUAUUCUUCGCCUCCUCCAUGUUCUCAGUCAGUCUGGCUUCGCUGUUUUCCUAUCACUGCUGGCUUGUCUGCAAAAAUAGGUCCACUUUGGAGGUCUUCCGUGCACCUGCCUUCCGACAUGGAACAGACAAGAAUGGCUUUAGUCUGGGAGUCAGCAAAAACCUCCGCCAAGUCUUUGGUGAUGAAAAGAAAUAUUGGCUUCUGCCGAUUUUUUCCAGUCAGGGUGACGGCUGCUCCUUUCCCACCUGUCUGGUGAACGCUGACCCUGAACAGCCUGCCUCACCCUCCGGACAUGCUGCUAUCAAAAGUGAUGGAGACACCCAUCAGUUUCCUGCUAAACCUCUGAGAGAGUCUCAGAGCCGACUGCUGAGUAACGGACAGACAUGGACAGACAGCGAGGGGACAGAGGAUAAAGACAGACAAGGCACAAGCAACCCAGCCAUGACUAUAGAAAAGGAAACCUAGAUCUGUUGCUGAAGGAGAAAAAGAUCCCUUUUGUGGUCAUGCGCUUUGUCCACGGAACAGUGAAGAAUCGUCUGCGUGCUGAAAAGGGUGCUCUGCUGCGGCAACAGACCAUUAUCCAUUGGGUUUCUAUCUAAUUGCUUGAGUAGGGUGCUUCUUUGUAAAAGCUGACUGUGCAGGAUUACCAGUAUGUAUAUUAAUGAGGAUAUGGUUAGGAACCAUAGAGUCCUUUGUACUCCGUGGAGACGUUGUGUAUGUACACUGUGCCUAAAGCUAACACACACUGAAACAGUUGCACUCUGGGUGACAUUGGACUUGCACACUUUGUGAUCCAGUUUGGUAGAGCUCAUAAUCAUCAAUUCAAAUGAUCACCAAAGUGAUUAUUUACAAUUAAUGCCUUGAUCAUACCUUUGUGUGGUGGAGAUUGUAUUUAAGGCUAAAUUUUAUAUAAAUUUUGGAUGAGCCAUUGUGGUUUUGUGCAUGCUGUGUGGUGCAUAUGUAUACAUGACAUUUCCGGUCCGUGACUAGAAAGCCUGUACGGCAACCUGAGGCACUGUAAUACAUACUGUGAUAGCUUUGUCAUGAAGUGCUGUCAAAAUGCAGUAGAAUUCUAAAGACCUUGUUUUUUAAGUUUCUCUUGUUGGCAUGUGUAGGCAAAGAUAUUAGUAUUUUUAAUGAUGUACAUGUUCCUGAUGAUAACCAGUGUCCACUGGGCCCAUUGUGUGUAUUGUUAAGAACUGCUUCAAUGUUCGAAAGUUCUUUACAACAGCAGUUCAAACAGAAAACAUUUUGCUGUAUUGAAAUUUCUCGGGCUCUUGCUUAACUUUCCAAAUACUGUACCUUGAACACGCUACUGAGCUGUGCAGGACCAAAUAAACAGGCGAGUUUUUAAUUCAAGCCGCCUCCAUGGAAAGAAUGAAGUACAGCCUGCUUGAAAAUAAGGAAAUGUUUUGACCUCAUAAGCACAGAAAGAAAAAAAAAAGUUGGCUCAUUUGCACUUUAGUCUUUAGAUGUGAAUAUUACAUAAACCUGCUUGCAGUUCUUUUCAAGUGAUCAACAGUGCUGAUGAAGAACAGUGCAUUAAGAAUGAGGUUAGGAAAUGUAGACCUUUCUACUACAAUUUGCAUUCUCUGAAAAUCAUUUUUUAUUUAGAAAGUGAUAUUCCUGUUCCAAAAUGUGGCACCGUGUUUUGAGAAAAGACCAUUAAUAUGGCUGCAAAUACAAAAGCAGAGUAUAAAGACACCAUGCUUUUGGUAUGAUGUUUACAGUUACCACACAUUGCAGAACUCUUGCUAGUGGUUUUGGAUGGAUGGCUGAAACGUUUCUAAGGGCUCUAUUACUCUUUGAUACUGCUUUUCAUUUAAUUUGAUCCCAAGAAUAUUGCAUGAAAUGGGACAUCUAACAAUGUAACCUUGUUUUUUCACCAAGGUAUAAUGAAAAAACACAGACAAGCCAAGACUUUCUAAAUGUGUUGAGGUGUUUUAAUGUGCCUGUUUGUAGUCUUAAUCAUGGAAGCUGUUCAGCGUAAGACUGACCAUCAUACUAUCCCAUGAACCAUACAGUAUAACCUAUAGCCUCUGGUAAUGCUAUGUAAACCACUUACUUGUAGAAAAAAAACAUGCUUUGGACUCAAUGAGACCAAAUGAAUCUGUACUGUACUGUUCUACAUAACCUGAUUUAUUUCUCAUGAACCAUCACUUAUGGAUGAGGCUAUACCAUAGAUGUUGAUGAAUGUCUUCAGUUGAAAUAAUAAAUCCAAUGUUUUAUGUACCCGUU